AUGAUGAAAUACUGCCAAUUUAUUUUUGUUGUCUAUUGCUUGUUACCACCUGUUCACAGUGAUUUCCCUGACUUUGUGUCCGGCUUCGGUUUAACAGUAACGAACUUUUCAAAAGUAAAUGAACAACUUUGUGAUGUAACUGUACAAUCGCAAGAAGUUAAAGGUGACCAACAGAUUCGAAUACUUCUUCCUCAAAAUUAUACAACUAGUGGUAAAACACGCCGCUAUCCUGUUCUCUAUUUACUCCAUGGAGGUAUGGGUGGUGCUGAAGACUGGACUCAAAAGGGUGGCAUAGCACAACAAAUUCUCGGCAACUUAUCAUUGAUUACCAUCAUGCCAAAUGGUGAUCCAUUUGGAUGGUACACGAAUUGGAUUAAUCCAGGGAAAGCGGCUCCACAAAAUUGGCGGACAUUUCAUAAUGAACAGGUGGUACCUUGGAUCGAUGCAAAUUUACGAACAGUUGCACGAAAAGGAGGCCGCGCUAUUGCUGGUCUUUCUAUGGGUGGAUUUGGUGCUGUUCGUUAUGCUGAAGUCUAUCACCAACUAUACAAUUACACGGCAAGUUUUUCGGGGGCGAUUGAUUUGCUCAAUUGGGGUGUUCAAACAGUUAUUUUUGGCUCAGAAGCAGCAGACAAAAAAGCAGUAGAUGGUCCAUUUGGUGUUCCAUUUCUUACAACACCCUCGAGCGGAUGGGUCAUUGAGAAUCCUAUUACUCAUGCUAAAUUGUUGCGCGACGUCAACAUCGCACUCUAUUCCGGUAAUCAAGGCAUUGUCGAGCUUGCCAUGCACGAUUGUAAUAAUCAUAUGAACAGAACGUUAAAUUCGUUAAAUAUACCGCACUACUAUGAUUUUUACGGCAAUGGGAAGUCAAUUGGACACGGCUGUCACGGUAAACAUGAAUGGCCAUGUUGGAAUGCAGCUCUUAUGGAUGUUGCGCCAAAAAUUAUGGCUGUACUGGAGCAAGAAUAG